AUGACCGUAGGACGGCGACGGCUAAUCCUCAUCUUACCCAAGACCCUAAAUGAGAGGGAGGAUUUGGAGGGUCUCGAUCAACGAAAAGAUACUUACACCUACCAAUAUCCUGGAAUCAACUCGAAGGAAUUUAAGGAUUUUUUAAGUGGAAAGUCAAUUACGCUGCUUUUCACCGCAGUUAAUUCGCCUUUUUCAAAUGGACUUAACGAAAGGCUGAACCAAACACUAGUAAAUAAAAUAAGAUGCAAGAUUAAUGAGAAACCAAAUACAACAGCAUGGACAACAAUUGCUCAUAACUGUGUGAGUAAAUAUAAUGAUACUGAACAUACAGUUACUGGCUUUGCGCCGAGAUACCUGCUGGAUGGUACAGAUGUCUCGUUCCUACCAAAUGAACUGAAAUCAGGAAAAAAGACAGAUGAUUGGGUAAAGGACAAAAAAAUUGCAUUUGAAAGAUCUAUUUUAUCACAUGAAUAUAAUAAGAGAGUGAUGGAUAGAGAUAGAAAACAUUUUAAUUUUAAUAAAGGUGAUAUGGUAUAUGUUGAAAAUGGACAUAAAUUAAACAGGAAAAAAUUGGAUGAGCUAAGGAUUGGACCGUUUAAAAUUGAGGAAAGAAUAUCACAAUCAAUAUACAAGAUUAAUACAGGUCAUAAGAAGUUGGAGUCAAAUCUUUUCCAUAUCACAAAGCUCAUUCCUAUUGCUACACAGGACGAUGAUGUGAAUGUGUGAUUACUUAGUGAAAAUUUUCAUGGGAAAAUUUUCCUACCUAGGGGGGGAGAUAUAAGAGAAUAAAUCCUCUUUAGUUGUUUUUUUUAAUUAGGCAGAGAGCAGAGCUACUUUUCUUUUUCAUGUUGACAUGUGACAUGUGACAUGUGACAUCUGACAUGGUGUUAAUAAAGUGAAAAUUUUAUUAUUUUAGAAGAUGAAAAUGUAUUAUAAUUUUAAAGGAAUCGACAAGCUGAUGAAUUAACUUUAAAUGUCGUUUCUCUGUUGUGAUUCGUAAACAAUUUCUGUGUGAAUAGAUGAUAGAAUAUUGUUGAAAAUAUCACUACUUUACAAGAGCAACACAUUGUUUCAUUUUGCCGAUCCUAGAUAAUGAAUGAAUAGACU